GCUCACUUCGGCUUGGCGCAAAUAAUUCCGGCACACAAAAAAAAAACGCAAGGAUUUCUCGGUUCCUCUUCCUCCUCGCGCAGUCGCGCUCCCCACUUCACCGAGCAUCCCGAAAAAAAGCUCGGCCACUGCGCCAUCUCGCCCACCAAGCACCAGCCACCAGCAGCGGCGCCAUGGCCACCGCGCCCUACGCCUCCUCCCUCUUCCUGGCUUCCUCCCCCAUCUCAACUGCGCCACGAGCCAGCGCCGGGUCCUUCCCUCCCUCCGCGCAGCCGUUCUCCAUGCGCCUCCGGCCUAGGCCGUCACCAGCCGUCGCGGCCGCCGUCCAGGCGGAGCACCAGCCCGCGGUGGCCGCGACGCCGAAGCCGCCCGCGCUACCGUUCCGCGUGGGCCACGGCUUCGACCUCCACCGCCUGGAGCCCAACCUCCCGCUCAUCAUCGGCGGCAUCGACAUCCCCCACGACCGCGGCUGCGAGGCUCACUCUGACGGAGACGUGCUGCUGCACUGCGUGGUGGACGCGAUUCUCGGCGCGCUGGGGCUGCCGGACAUCGGGCAGAUUUUCCCGGAUUCCGACCCCCGUUGGAAGGGCGCCGAUUCUUCGGUGUUCAUGAGGGAAGCUGUGAAAUUGAUGCAUGAAGCAGGCUACGAGCUGGGCAACCUUGAUGCUACGCUGAUCUUGCAAAAACCAAAAAUUAGCCCGUUCAAGGAGACAAUCAGAUUGAAUCUGUGCAACCUACUUGGGGCAGAUCCAUCUGUGGUCAAUCUCAAGGCCAAAACGCACGAGAAAGUUGACAGUCUAGGGGAAAACAGGAGCAUAGCUGCUCAUACCGUAGUUCUCCUGAUGCGGAAGUAGAAAAAAAAACAAAUAGUACCUAAUUGUAUCGUGCUACAAGAAAAAGGUCGUUAAGUUAUACUUGCCCUUGUUAAAUGCUCUAGCCAGUAUGGAAAUCUAAAAUCUUCAUGUGGUAGAAACAAUAAAGCUGAUUGCAAUGAGAAAUUUUCUGCAUUUUA